AUGGCACUUGUACGUUUCAUGUUGCUGUGUUCAUUUCUUAUUUAUUCUCAAGUGUGUUCAAUGCCAACAAAGUGCAUCAUUCGGCGGGACCAUGUGGAGUCAUCUCACAAUCUACUUGAGAAUAUGGGAGGCCUUUUCCCUCGUGAAUGCUUGGAAGAAAACGUCGAGAUAACGUUUCCUAAAUCUGCUCUGCAAUCAAACGGCUCCAAUCAGAAAAUCGCAGUUUAUACAAUCAUGAGGCACAUUGACGCUUUGUUUGAGAACGAGACCCAUCCUGAAUCCUGGGUCCCGGAGAAAGUUGAUGCUUUCCGGCACAACGUUUAUCGCUUAAAAGAAGAUAACAAAUGUGUAAAUUUUGGGGAAACGCACGGACCCGUGGACGAUUUUCCUGCAAUGGACGAUGCCCUGAGAAACUAUUUCGAAGAAUUGGCCACUCUUCUUAGAAACAAGGAUUACAGUUUCUGCGCAUGGGAGGUGGUCCGAAAGGAGCUCCUGAGUGUUCUUAAAGACAUCCUCCAGAUUAACUCAUCCGAAUAGUCAUUUUCCUGGUCAAAUAUGCAUUUAUUUAUUUAUGUAAUUAUUUGUGUAUUUAAUUAUUUAUUUAUUUAUUUGUGUAUUUAUUUGAUUAUUUAUUGAUUACUGAUUGUUUGUUUGAUUGCAAGGAGAAAACAGUAUUUGCCGUGUCUGUGUUCUUGUCAGUUAAAUGCAACAUUUCUUUCUAAGUUGUCUUAUCAUUCUGAUGACAGAGAUAUACACUAAACAUUCAAUAAA